ACAUUCAGUCCUGCAGGGGGCCCCUAAACUCCAUAUGAGCUGAUGGUGCACACACUUGUCUGAUCAGCAGCUACUUAAACCCAGGUGUGCCUGCGCCUCAGUUUGAAUAUCCUUGAGUGUUGCUCUGGUUUCUACUUAUUGCAGUUCUUAACAAGGUUGAAUAUGGCAGCAACCGCCUCUGUUAACAGACCUCCACCAGCUCAUCCAGGACCAAAUGUUGGAAACCUCCCUUCUUACAGUGCCUUGCCAAAUCCUGGACAGCAACAUCCAGGACUGAAUGGCACCGGCCAGGACCCCGGACCUCCCCUCCAUCCCCAACACCACGUCCCUGCCCAGCCUAUCUUUUACGUCCCUGCUCCACCUCCAGCACCCUUUCUCCAGUACCAAUGGCCCAUGCCCUUUCCCUAUAAUCCCUUUGCUGGCUUCCCAGGCAUGGGCUAUGGUAUGGUCAUGCCCCCACUCCCUCCUCCCCCUUACAUGGAGGCUCCAGCUUACAUUUUGCCCCACCCACACAUCCAACCAGUCGACUACAGACGCUUGCUUCACUCCCAGGUCCAAGUUCCCAGCGCACCCUACCAGAACCCAAACCAGCCACGCCGAAUUCGCCAGCCCUGUGCUGUCCCCCGAGAAACCGUAAACUCUGCGGUCCAAACGGAACCCACACAUAGAGGUGUGGGUGUUUAUAGUGAUGGAAACCCACAUAUCAGAUCAGAUUCUGGUCAUGCAACCGCCUCGCUUUCUCCAUCCUCAAGCUGCAGCUCCCAAAAACAAGGCUCUGUCGAGGUUGAGAACUAUAGCCUACCCACCUGUAAUGCAAAAGGUGAACAGGUGUAUGGGACCAGCACAAAUGGCACAGUCAGACAUGACUCGAACAACCCUCAUCCUAAAGGAACAAAGGCUGUUCAGUCAUGUAUCAGAGCACCGGGAGAACCACAGAAGUGCCGUACAGACAGUGUUGGUCAGGAGAAUGUUCCCCUUUUCAGAAAGGGUCACUGCAACAUGUGGUCGGUGAGCUCUCAAGAUAGUAUAGUCCCUGUAUGCAGCUCUUCACAGCAAGAGGAUGAGAUUGUCAAAGAGAGGCGUGCCUCUGUUCCUGACAUUCUGAUGAGUUGGGGAGGCAGCACGCCACAGGGAGUGGUGCUGAAAAUUGCUGACAAGGGACUGCAUCAUGAUGACCAGCAGCUGCCUUCGUAUGAAACCGAAGUUGAGACUGAAAAGUCACUUUACCACAGUCCAACUGAGUCCAAGAAAGGUCCCGUUGUGGCUGAUGGCACUGAAGUUGGUGAUGAUGCUUGCAAUGUCUUAAGUUGUAAGGACAGAGAAACACUUUUCAGGAUUGUUAAACUGCCUUUUGCUCUACAUGAUCUUCCCUCAACCAGAAGAGAAAGUGAGCUUGUGGGAACUUUUGGCUCUGUAAGGCAGUGCCUAACUUAUAAAGAUGAAAUGCUGCGUUCCCCAAACACAUCCCAUAUGCUCCCUGACAAUGAGCAAGAAAAUGACAAGGGGGCAAAUCCAGAUGAAGACACUACAGAGAUCAAUCUUUUUCAAAUGUCUUCAAACAGCAAUCCGAUGAAGAGAAGACUGAAUGAGUCCGUUUGGUCUGUGGAGUCUCUCGUGCCCUUUAUCCCCACUAAGGAGUGGAUGCUGCAGAAAGGCACGUUUGAGCCUGAAAUAAUCAUUGAGAUGACAGAGGAAGCUGAAAAAGGUGGACUGUCGACCCCAAGUGACAACCUUAUUGUCAAUUCUAGUAAAAGGAGGCUGUCUCACAGGUUUUCCUUUUCUGAUGCUGGUCCAAUGUCAGACAGUUGGCUCAUUUACAGUACCCCAGCUGAGAAACUGAGUUCACCAAAGAAGCCAGAAAUGCAGUGUCAAAUUGCUGUCUCAGAAGAUGGGGGACCACAGCAAUGCCUGAGUGCAGUUCCUUCAGAAAAGGAUCCCUUAGUUUCUCCAACUGCCCUGCGGAGUAAAAUAAUUGUAUCCAUCCCCACUGAAGAGGUCGUGGAUGAAAAUAGGUCUUCUGAACCUGAGGCUAAUCGAAGCCCAAACCAGGAAUCUGUAAUUGAGCAGCAGGAGAAAAGCCCUUGCUCUCCUGAGCAGGAACAUGCACUCCUCUUGAACCCAGUGGCAGAGAGAAUUUCACCUUCAGAUCAGCUGAAGCUCCAACAUGGAGUGGACAUGGAGGUGGAGAAUGGAACAUGUGGGAAUGAAGAAGUCGGCCAGCUGAGAAAUGAGCAACUAUGUGUCCCGAUGACUGACCAAAGGAUGGCCCAAGUGUCUCUGUCAAAGGGACAUUUGGUGGAAUCUGGCGUCCAGUGCACCAACUUACAGGACUGUAAGACAUGUAAGCAGCCUGAGUGCCACAAGGAACCAGACACGAGACCUCCUUUUAAAAAUCCAGAUACGAAGAGGGCAAAUGGUGGUAAGGCUGAAGGAUUUGGGAUGAAUGGACAUGGGCAUAAAAACCAAAGGAGGCAGGGGCCAUAUAGGAACAGAGGUCAAGAUAAUCCAAGUGGCCAGAGAGAAUCUUGCCAUGGUUACCACGGCAAACCUGGGAAAUCAAAAGGUGGAAAUGGAAGGAACCAGUGGCAUGAGCGCUGACUAAAUGCUACAAGACAACCUUGGUUUUAAAGAAUCAAUGUAAUAUUAAAAUUAAUAUAAAUUAAAAAUGUAAUCCUAUUUCUCAAUAAAUGUGUACAAAUGAUCAAUA